GCAAAGGGGACGCUGUCUCUGUUAUGGAGUGACAUCAGCACUGCUUUUCUCCGCACACAAUCUUUUCCUAUGAAUUUCCACUCGUAGAGGGGCGCGCGUCUCCACACACUUCCGUCUCAAGGAGUUCAACAACCGAAAGCCUCAUGAACAGCAUGAGCAGCUGCGGCUUCCUGAAUAUGGCGACGAUAGGAGAUUUUGACCCGCUCAGCGCCACUAUUCCAGCAACAAAAGUUGAGAUCACAGUUUCUUGCAGAAACCUGCUCGACAGGGACACAUUCUCCAAAUCAGAUCCAAUAUGUGUGCUGUACACUCAAGGCAUUGGCAACAAAGAGUGGCGAGAGUUCGGCCGAACGGAGGUCAUCGAUAACACCUUGAACCCAGACUUCGUCCGCAAGUUUAUACUGGACUACUUUUUUGAGGAAAGACAGAACUUAAGAUUUGAUCUGUACGAUGUUGACUCAAAGAGCACCAACCUGUCAAAACACGAUUUCUUAGGCCAAGCCUGUUGUACAUUGGGUGAGAUGGUGGGUUCAUUGGGCAGUCGUAUGGAGAAGCCUCUUGGGGGGAUUCCUGGGAAGAAAUGUGGAACGAUUAUUGUGAAGGCAGAGGAGCUUAGCAACUGCAGGGAGUCUGUGAUGAUGCAAUUUUGUGGCAACAAACUGGACAAAAAGGACUUCUUUGGAAAAUCUGACCCCUUCCUGGUGUUUUACCGCAGUAAUGAGGAUGGGACAUUCACAAUUUGCCAUAAAACAGAGGUGGUGAAGAACACACUGAACCCUGUGUGGCAGGCCUUCAAGAUACCUGUCAGAGCCUUAUGCAAUGGUGAUUAUGACAGAACGAUCAAGGUUGAAGUAUAUGACUGGGACCGAGAUGGCAGUCAUGACUUCAUUGGAGAAUUCAGCACAAGUUACAGAGAGCUAUCAAGAGGCCAGUCACAAUUCAACGUGUAUGAGGUCAUAAACCCCAAGAAGAAAGGCAAGAAGAAAAAAUACCUCAACUCUGGAACAGUUACGCUCCUGUCAUUUCUUGUUGACACUGAAGUUACCUUCCUAGACUAUAUCAAGGGCGGGACUCAGAUUAAUUUCACGGUGGCGAUUGAUUUCACAGCUUCUAAUGGCAACCCAGCCCAGCCCACCUCUCUCCAUUACAUGAGUCCAUAUCAGCUCAACGCCUACGCCAUGGCGCUCAAAGCUGUGGGGGAGAUCAUACAGGACUACGACAGCGACAAGAUGUUCCCUGCACUGGGCUUCGGAGCUAAACUGCCUCCUGAUGGGAGAGUAUCACAUGAGUUUGCCCUGAAUGGAAACCCCCAGAAUCCAUAUUGCAAUGGCAUUGAUGGAGUAAUGGAGGCGUAUUACCAGAGUCUUAAAUCUGUCCAGCUCUACGGUCCCACCAACUUCUCACCUGUCAUCAACCAUGUUGCCAGAUACGCUGCGUCAGUAAAGGACGGAUCACAGUACUUCAUCUUGCUCAUCAUCACAGAUGGAGUGAUAUCAGAUAUGGCCCAGACAAAGGAAUCCAUUGUUAAUGCUGCAUGUCUUCCCAUGUCAAUUAUUAUUGUUGGAGUCGGACCAGCUGAGUUUGAUGCCAUGGUUGAGUUAGAUGGAGAUGAAGUAAGGAUCUCUUCAAGAGGAAGAUUUGCUGAAAGAGACAUUGUGCAGUUUGUUCCAUUCAGAGACUACAUAGACCGUACUGGAAACCACAUACUCAGCAUGGCCCGCCUGGCCAAAGACGUUCUGGCUGAGAUCCCAGACCAGUUUCUCUCUUACAUGAGGACCAGAGGCAUCAAGCCAUCCCCAGCUCCCCCUCCGUACACACCCCCAGGACAACCACUGCAAACUCAGAUCUGAACGGGGCCCAGGAGCGAGCCUUGCUGUAUCUCAGUAUCUCUUUCUCAAUCACUCAGUGAUCUGAAGGUUCCCUCAGCUCUAUCUGUUCCUUUUCUCUUUGCACUAUGAUGGCUAAAAGAUGGACAUCGUGGUUAGACAGGGAUCUGAGGACAGGUUUACCUCUGUUAUAGGCGUUCUGUCUCACAAUGUCUUACUCCUUCUCUCUGUGUCUCUCAACGCCUGGCUAGCUCAUUUCUGAGGGCCAUGGUAGAAUGAAUAUUUGGUUCUAGCUCACUUAAGAAAUGAAAGCUAAAGGUGAAUAAAGUGAAGGAACGACUAACAUAUUGAGCUGACAGUGUCGCGCCCUGUCUCACAACAGCUGAACAGCUUCCUCUUCCUCCGACUGGAAAGAUUAAUCAAUCGCCAGUUGCAAACUGACUGUUGUAAAUAACUUUUGAAGUAGGUUUCUUCCGUCAUUUCGUAUCUCUUCCUAGCUCUGUUCUCUGAACUCUCACUCAGUGUUUACAUGUCAAUGAUUUUCUUACUGUUGAAUCGAACUUUUAUAAGCGUAACUUCUCAACAUGAAUCGCCGUAGAAAUCCUUGCUGCGUGUAAUAUUUGCCAUGCCUGUCAGGUCGCAGCGGCUGUUGUCGCCGCAGAAAACCACAUUUCUUGCAUGGAAAUGGUGUGCUCAGGCAUGAGAUGCAUGUUUUGAAAUGUUCACUUUAUUUGGCCUUUUCUCUCUUUCAUGAUUUCGUUAUAAACCAUUCACCUUUUCAUUUUACAUUUGAUUUCUCCUAUAUAUUCUUUCGUUUGAAUUAUUUUUGCCCUGAAACAAGUGCAAUAUAUGGGCAACUCAUUCUGUAAAGUGAACCUCAUGUGAUACAUUGUAUUUUUUUGCUGUUAAACCUGAGCAGCCGCUCUAAAAUAAGAGCCCAGUGGUCAAAAACACAGAUGCCAUUAUUUCCUGUCUUAAAACAUCGAUAUCGUAUUGAUGUUGUGUCAUUUUCUCCUGGUUUGAAGAUGUUUUGUUUAUAUUUAAUCAUAACCUUGUAGAGUUCCCCAAAGAUAGUGAAGAAAAAGCACAAAGCUAGUUAGGAAAUCCUCAUUUCAGGAUUGUGAAUAUGUCUAGAUUUUUCCUUGAGUGUUGAAACCAGAUGUGCAGAUGUGUCCAUUUAUUUACAAACGUUUUGUAAAGAUAUUUUUGAUAUUUUAUUAUUUUAGAAAUGUGCUGCUAUUAUCAGGAAACCCAAACCAAUUUUGGGCAUAAAGUCUUCAAAAUAUAUUUUUUUUUCUCUAUUUACCCAUCUCAUUUGUAUCUGUGGGUAUUUGUGACAAAGGUGUGGUUCCACCACAUGUACACUAGUGUUCAAAAAUGUUGUGUCACUUGACUGUAAUGCACAUUUAUACAUUUGGUAGACACCUCUUCUCUAAAGCAUUUUUAAUUAUUUCGUAAUAUUUUAAUAAUUUAAUAAUUUGUUACUUAUUAUCAUGGAUCACAAGAUAUUACAGGCCAUAACAAUAAAAUAAUUUUUGUGCAAAGUGUCAUUUAUAGCUUAAAAUCCUGAUUUUCUAUUUUUUUUAUUAGUCAAUAUCAAUUAUGUUACUGUCAAACUAUGACACCAGGGUAGAGUAACAGUUGACAGUCAUGUAUGUGUUUGUGAGAGACAGAGAGAGUGUGAGUGUUUCUCUGUGUAUGAAUGCAAGUUUUGUGACAUUGUGUCAACACUGUUACUCUUCCUUGGUAACAUAAUUUGACAGUAACAGAAUUGGCACUAUUUCAGACAACAGGAAAUCAUAAUUUGGUGAUUCAAUAGUUUUGGUCAGUUUGCUUUUGUUUUAAAUUGUGGGAAAUUACAAAUAAAGAAAAAGUGACCCUAAACUUUUGAAUAUAUAGACACUGAAAUGUAGAAUAACAAAACAAUUGACAUCAGCUUAGUUGUCAGCUUUUAUAUAUGAAACCUGAUAAAUAAAUUUGGACUGUCCUCCAAAAAUAACAAUAUCAAAGUUUGUUUGUGCAAGCAGCUUAUUACGACAUACAGUAACGUUUUAGGGAUAAGCGCCCUCUAGUGGCCAGCAGCUUAUUACAAUCUGUGGUUACGUUUCAAGGUUGGUUGCCGUACACUGUGUCAAAUUUCCUAAAUAUUAUGGUUUUAAAGAUAUUUUGAAGAAUCUAACACCAUCCCUACCCUAAACCCAACCACUUUUGGGCCAGUAAAAGUACAGUAUAGUCACAUGUUUUUAUUGCAUAAAUUGAGCAAUAAACAACAGUAUAAAAGUAUCACAAACAACUCACGUUGCAAACCUUGCGAAUUGAAGCCAUAAGAUCACUUUAUAUGAACAUUAACCGGAACAUUAGUCGUAAUGAUCGUUCACGAGACACACGACAGUCAAUGCUAUUUCACAAUCAAAGAUGAUGUAUCGCUUCUUCUGGCAGCAGUUUUUGAACGAGUGUCUGUCCGGAUUUGAGAUUUACAUCAGAUACUGAUCGCUUUUGUGUCCUUGGUACACUUGGAAUAUUUGUACUUUUUGAAAAGUGACUGUUUUGUAUGCCAUUUUAAUAUUAUAUCAUGGGUGUCGGAAGCAAAAAUGUGGGUGGGUCCAAAACAUUUUCUGGAGUAGAGGCCAUUUUCUUGUAUUGUGGUGCCUUUUAAUUAAAUAAUUGCUUUUAUAGCCUAAAACAGUGGUCUCCAACAAGGUGCCCAGGGGCACCAAGUUUCCCGCACAAAGUCUUUUUAUAUUAGCUUGGCUUCUUUUAUGUAUGUAAACAUAAAAAAAAUGACAAAAACAUACCAACAAGUAAAAUCAAAGUAAAAUUAUGUAAACCAAUAAAAGUUUUGAGUAGACAAUAUCAAAAAAGUAGCCCUUCAAAAAGAUUGGAGACCCCUGGUCUUAAAGCUUUGUUUACCUUGUUGUGUCGCAGGAGUGCAGCAGGCUCAAGUAGUGAAAACACGAAAUGGAGUUUAAUUAUAUGGACUCUAAAUUAGGGUGACCAUACGUGCCAUUCUUCCCGGACGCAUCCCGUCCAGGAUUUCGGUGCGUCUUCCGGAAGUCGUAUUUGUUGACCGCAUACGCCAUUCAGUUAAAAACAUAAGAUAUACAAUCGUAGUUUCAUUCUUACCUUAAAAUGUAACGGUUGCUUUUCGAAUACGACUUCCGGAAGACGAACACAAAAUCCUGGACGGGAUGCGUCCGGGAAGAAUGGCACGUAUGGUCACCCUACUCUAAAUGAGCCAAAUGGAAUGGAUUUGAGGAAGCAGCAGCAUGGAUGUCAUGGCUUAAGUUUCAUUUAUAAUGGCAUUCCUCUAGUGGAAUAAAUUUGACUGACAGCGCUCUGACAAGUAAACAGAGAAAUGCUCCAAAUUAGAGAAAAAGUGAUUGGGUCCAAUAGAGACAGAGCGCAGCGCGUCAUAACCUGAAAACCACGCCCAACGGGGGGAAAUCAAUCCAUCCGUCUCCAUUGACUUUGUAUUGCGAGAGGCUGCCUCCUUGUCAUUUUUGGCUUAUAACAAAAAAAACAUCAUAAUGCCUAAAAGCUGCUGUAUGACAGGAUGUACAGCUAACAAGCCAAAAAACCCAGAAAUAAGUUUUUAUAAGCUGUCGACCCCAAAAUAAUAGCGUUUAAAGACACAAAAGUGUAAACAGGCAACUUUUCAUAGUACUACUGUUAAUAGAACUGCGUCAGUAGGAGGAACAUAGUCGGUGAUCCACUUUUUUCUCUUUAAAUGCUGAGUUUUACAGCUCAACAUCUUAUAAAAACUUAUUUUUGGGUUUUUUGGUUUGUUAGCUGUACAUAUUGUCACACAGCAGCUUUUAGGCAUUAUUCUGUUUUUUGUUAUAAGCCAGAAAUGACAAGGAGGCAGCCUCUCGCAAUACAAAGUCAAUGGAGACGGUUGGAUUGUUUCCCUCCCACAGUGGGCGUGGUUUUCAAAUUUGCAUAACUGCGCUCUGUCUCUAUGCCAUGGGUCUUAAAAAGUGGGUGGGUCUUGUCUCCCCACAUAUAAUGGUUCCGACGAUCAUGUAUUAUAUAAUAAAUAUAUUGGUAUGGUAUAGGUCAAAAUGCCCAAAUAAUCAUAACAUAUCCCAAUAAAUGUCAUCAUAGCAAAAUUAUACCUCAAUAUAUUUCAUAGAUGUUUCAUCUGCUGCCGGUAGAUGUGCUAAUUUUGCUUAUUUAACACAUCUUUUGGUCGUAUUUAGGGAGUUGACAAACAACCUAAACAAUCGGAUUGGAGGAUAGGUUUUUAAAGUGUCUACCAAAACAUAGAAAUGUGUGUUUAAAAAUGUAAAAUACAUGAAUACAUAUGAAUACCAAUGAGAUCUCUCUGUCUUACUACAUAGCCUAGAACAAAACUGGAAAAUGGAAACACUGGUUUCAGAUGUCUUUGUGAUUUUUUUUUGUAAGAAAGAAAAUCAUAAUGACUAUUGAGCCACUAUGAUUCACUUUAUUGAGCAGAAGUUGUUUUUAUAUUGUACAACAUUGUUGAGUGUCUACAUUUUUUUUUUUUCUUAACAAUAUCUUAUUAUUAUCGCACAUUUUCCGCCUUUAUCAUCUUAUUUUUAUAUAAUUAUGCCAACAGUUACUUUUGUGCUAAAACAUCCUCAAACAGCAAAUGUGAAUCUUCUAGUAUGUAGCAGAUUAAAAGAUUUUUUUACAGAGCACUAUUGUGCUGAAAUAUUUUGGGUAACAGCCUCAUGUUGAAGAUGAGCAUUCCCUUAGUCUGCCGGUUUGGAUUGAUCUUUCAUAUGUUUCAUAAAUAUCAUGAAAUAUAAACAUAUACAGUGGCCUUAAACAUUGGCACAAAAAUAUUUAACACUUUCUAGUUGAUAAUUGCAAAGAUAUCGCAAAAAUAGCUCACAAAAACGUACACAUCUUUUUGUAAUGAAUAUCAGGGGCUUGUUGAUAUUUACUGCAAUAACAUUCCUUCAUACUUAAACAUGGCUCAAAUAUUGAAAACCCUAUGUGGCCACUGUAUAUUUGUAAAGAAUUAACAUUCAUAUUGGUUAGUGUGAAAAUAAACCAUUGCACGACAAUAACACUUAUUAUAACAAAUGAGUUAUGCUAUAUUACAUUUUUAUAAUAUUAUGUUAUUGUUGUUGUUAAAAUAUCAUGUUCAUAUACAGUAGUUCAAAUAUACUUUUUUAUUUUAUCUAUUUUUUUAUAUAUAGUCAUGUUGAUGUCAUAAAAAACUCAAUUCUGGUUAAAGAAUGAUUUACAUCUUAGAAAUAAUGUAAGCUUAAUACUAAAUCCACAGUAAUAAAAUAUACUUUUCCUUGACAAGAACUUUGAUGAGUGAUGAGUGUUAAAAGGUAGCACUCGAUCUAGGUAUCCAGUAUCUUAUCUGGGAAUGCUCACUCUCUCAACCGAUGCUGUAAUUCAAAAAUCACCCUCAGCCCCAAUCAUUUCUAUUCCAAUCCAUUGGUGCCAUAGCAGUUGUUACUUUGGCAAACCCAUCCACCUGUGAGCACUGUGUGUAUGUGUGUGUGUGUGCGCGCGUGCAUGCGUGUGUGUGUGUGUAACUUGGCGAGCGUGGAAGUGUUUUUAAAUUUAUUACUUGACUCACAUGAAAUUUGUUUACUAAAGAUAUCCAAAUAUUAUAUUGUAUGCUCUUCGUACCUAAAUAUUAUGUGCACUAUGUUUGCAUGUACAGUUUUACAAGAGAUUCACUAGUACUUUUGUUAUUGUUAUGAGUGUUUCGGGUACAAAAAAAUAUGAUAACAGGAAAAUAACUGUACAAAUGGCCUUAAUCUUUCACUGAAUUCUUGGAAUUGUGCGAUGCCUUCAGAUAUGAAUCGAUAUAUAUUUUGUGUCUGUGUAUAAUUGCUUUCUAGUGUACAUUUUCUUUGCUCAUGUAAAAAAAAUCUAUUGUAAUUUUUGGAAUCAGUGAUUAAUCAGAGAAAGCAUGGCUGGAGUUCUGAUUGUUUAGUAAAUCGAUAUAAUGAUGAAAUUAUUAUUUCUGUAUCAAGUACUAAUUUUGGAAUAAAUAUUCUUAAUAUACA